GGACAAGUUCGACAGCCUGCCGGGUCACCUGACAGAGGACUUUCACCUCUUCUCCCUCAACGACCUCACUGCUGUGCGCAACGGGGAACUGGGUUCCCGAAUGAAAGAGCUGCUGAAACUUGGUACCAUGCACGUAGCCAGCUGUGUGCUGUGCCAAGCAAAAGGCUUUGUUUGCGAGUUCUGCGGGAACGACAAAGACAUCAUCUUCCCUUUCCACCUGAGCAAGUGCCAGCGUUGCGAAGGUGAGCCCUCUCUGCUGGUGGCAGGCCUGGGUGGGGCAAGGCCCUUCUCCCACCUCUCCGUUCAGUUUACCUGGCCAGAGUGGAAGAUUCCCAAGCCUCGUAGCCUGGCAAAGGCCCUCGCGGUGGGCAUGAAAGAGGGGGUGGGUGGGGAGGAGGAUUUAGGGAUGAGAGUAGAUGAGGUGUGGAGUGGAGAGCAAAAGGAGCAGGAGGAAGUGCGACAAGCAUCAAGAGACACAGCAAAAGUGAGACAUGAGAAAGGGGGACUAUUUCAAGGUUUUACUGCUGGAAAACUGGUUAAAGCUUUUUCCCGGAAUAAGCUUAAUGAGGAGGAGCAGGUAAUGACAAGAGGGCGGGAUUCGGAGAGGAAGGAACAGAUAGAGCAUGAUGACAACAGAAGCGUUGGUCAGCACGGUGGGGUGGAGAGCAGUGAGGGGGAGCAGAGCAAGGAAAAGGAGGCUAGACAUACAAGAAAGGAAAAAAGGAACUUCUUAAAGGUUUUUCAGAUGGACAGAUUAAAGAAAAGCAUCUUAAAAGCAGACAAAAGGGGCAGCGACAGAGAAAUAGGCAGCAGCGUGGAAAGUUUAAAUGAAAUUGGAAAAGAGGGGAAGGGAGGUGGCAAGGCAUCAGUGCUAAGAAGUCGAGUCAAAGGUUAUUCAGAAACAGACGUGGAGGAUGAGCGGAAACCAGAAGUGAAAGAGGAAGACAGAAAUGAAGAGUUUAAAAAAAGAUCCUCAGAGGAAGCACGGGGAACGGCAGAUGAAAAGAAAGAUGGGGCCCAAGCUGGGAGAACGGGGAAAACUGAAUCUGUGGCUGACAAACAUCCCGUUAUGAGACGAGAAUCUCAUCAGCUGACAACUGAUGUCUCCAGAGGGAGAAGCAAGGAGGAGAGUAGUGGAAGUGGGGAAAGUGAUGGAGGAAGAAACCCUGAGGAGGAAGGCCAAGAAGAAUCAGGAAUUGUGACGCGGAGUAACUGGAGAAAACUUAAAACUCGCAAAGGCAGGAAAAUAACCAGAGGCAGGAAGAUGAGGGAAGGCAUGGAGAAAAAUAAGACAAGAGGGGAAGCGACAUAGAUCAUGAUGCAGGGGGAGGACACGAGUAAGGAGGGCUGUGUCCUGGGAUCACAAAGGAUUAGGAAACCUGAGUAAAACUGGAAUCGCUCACAGCAAA